CUGGCUCUAUCUCGCUCACACUUAGCAGCAGGAAGAGACUUGACCGCCCAAUGCCAGGCUGUCUGACCAGACCGUUUGGGGAUGAGCCUAGGACACUGUGCACUGCCUGCCAUCCCUGUGUCUGUGCCGGUUGUAUGCUGUGCUCCCUCGCUGAGCGUUGAUCUACGAGUUUUAGCCCUGAGCACUCUCCCAGCUGUGUGGUGUGACUGCUGCCUGUAGACUCUCAGCACCAUCUGCCCAUCGUUUGAUGCUGAGUGUGAUCCCUGCUGCAUCAGACCUUGUGCGGCUGCCCCUGCAUCAGUUUGUGCCAUAGUUUAGCACAUCCCAGCCUGUUCUUACUGCUCCUGUUUCUCUCUACUCUUUAGUCGGUGUUUUUGCUGAUUCUUAUCUCUCUUGUUUGGACCAAUUCUCAACAGUUCCUGAUCAUUUGAGUGCCUUAUUAUCUGCUCGUUUCUCACAAAUGUAACUUCUUCCCCCUCUUUUCAUAGCCUUGUUUUCCAGCCUGUGUCAGCUUGUUGUUUAUUCCCUGUCUCUUACUUUUUGGCCAAAGCUUUGCUUCCCUGUCUCCUAGUCUGUCUGGUUGCAUUUAGUCUUGAACAUCUUAAUAAGAUUUCUCAGUAUUUUAUAAUAAUGUGCACCUUGUGUCCCUGGCUAUACGUUUUGGUGUCUAUGUGAUAAUCUCUGUCCCUUCUCCAGUCCCAUAGUCUGGGUGCUUGUCUCUACACCACCUUCCCUUUGUUUCCCUGCAUGUGUGUACAUGAUGAUCAUGUUGUUACAAGCCCCCUUUUAACUUCUGACUAAAAUUUGGGCACUGGGGUGGAGUCUGUGUACAGCAUCAGGGGGUCUUAUUCAGGCCUUCAAGGGAUUUCUUCUGAAAACAUGGACGCUGGAAAAAUGACUGUGAGUAUAAACAAAGCCAUCAACACUCAAGAAGCAGCGGUGAAGGAAAAGCAUGCAAGAACCUGUAUCCUGGGAACUCACCAUGAGAAGGGGGCGCAGACUUUCUGGGCAGCGGUGAAUCGCCUUCCGUUGUCUAGUAAUGCAGUAUUGUGUUGGAAAUUUUGCCAUGUGUUUCACAAGCUACUUAGAGAUGGACACCCCAAUGUUCUGAAGGACUCUCUGCGUUAUAAAAAUGAGCUAAUUGACAUGUGCAGGAUGUGGGGCCACCUUAGCGAAGGCUACGGACAACUUUGCAGCAUUUACCUCAAGCUGCUAAAUACAAAAAUGGAGUUUCACACAAAGAAUCCACGUUUCCCUGGUAACCUGCAGAUGACGGACAGACAACUAGAUGAGGCUGGAGAGAAUGAUGUUAAUAAUUUUUUCCAGUUAACUGUUGAAAUAUUUGAUUACAUGGAAUGGGAGCUCAAUCUGUUUCACACAGUGUUUAAAUCUUUGGAUAUGUCCCGUUCUGUGUCUGUCACGGCUGCUGGUCAGUGCCGCCUAUCUCCACUUAUACAAGUCAUACUUGAUUGCAGCCAUUUGUAUGACUACACAGUGAAGCUGCUGUUUAAACUACAUUCAUGUCUCCCUACAGACACACUGCAAGGACGCGAUCGCUUUAUAGAGCAGUUCCAGAAGCUGAAGGAUUUGUUUUAUCGCUCAAGUAACUUGCAAUACUUCAAACGUCUCUUACAGAUUCCUCAGCUACCUGAGAACCCCCCUAACUUCUUGCGUGCCUCGGCCUUGUCUGAGCAUAUUAGUCCAGUGGUGCUACUACCAACAGGAAACUCUCCUCCUGACAGUGAGACACUAGUAGAGACUGAUGACCUUGUGGGAAUGGAUUCAUCAUCCCAUCAGAGUCUAACAGAAAAUAAGUUUGAUGAUUUAUUUGGCAGCACAUUCAGCAAUGACCCUUUUAACUUCAGCAAACAGAACGGAAUGAGCAGAGAUGACAAAGAUCGACUAAUUGAACAGCUGUAUAAAGAAAUUGCUGUGCUAAAGGAUGAGCUGGGAAACUUCAAAGCAGAGAACCAGCGAUUGGUUACUAACCUGAGGGGGCGGAUCCAGGAGCUGGAGGCAGAAUUAGCUGAGCAGAAGCAUCUGAGGGAGCAGGCAGUGGAUGACAAUGAGUUUCUGCGCACAGAGCUGGAGGAUUUGAAGAGGAGAAGACAAGAUACUGAGAAAGCCCAGAGGAGUUUAACUGAGAUUGAAAGAAAAUCAAUAGCGAAUGAGCAGCGCUACACAAAACUGAAAGAGAAGCAUGCAGAGCUUGUGCAAAACCACGCUGAUCUCUUAAGGAAGAAUGCAGACGUUACAAAACAGGUCACCUUGGCAAGGGAAGCUCUUGCAGAUAUGGAAAGAUCAAAAAAAGAAUUAGAAGAUUCAUACCAGCGGGUCAAUGAGCACACACAGAGGAAGGCAGAAGAACAGAUGCAACAGAUGGAUAACUUACAAGGAGCUCUUGAAUCCAGCAAACAGGAAGUUGAGCUUCUGAAGAGCAGUAUAGAGACUUCUAAGCAGGUGAGCCAUACUCAGGUUAAGGAAUUGCAGGAUACAGUGCUAGUAGAUGUGCUGAAGGAGGCUGAAAAGAUUAUACAAGAAUCACUCAGCCAACUGGAUGAACCGCUCUAUACUAGCGGCAGUUUCUCUACAGACUUUUUGAUAUCUAGAACACGGGCUGCAGAGGAAAGUACAAAGAAAAUAGAGGAAGCCUGGAAGCGACAUCUAUCUACAGCGUCAGAUAUGAGGUUUUUACUGCCACCUCUUAUUCAAUUUGCACAUCGAAUAAGUGAUGUUAUCCUACAGGGAGUCCAGACAAGGACAUCUGAUACUCUGAGCGACAGCUGUAGAAUAUGCGGCACAGAAGCGCUUAGUUAUCUCUCCAGCAUACGGAGCCAAGGAGAAGCAGAUUGCAGCAAAGUUACUGCGAUUCUCAAUCACAUUGCCGAAAUUGCACAGGAGUUACGCCCUCCCUCCCUGGACAUUCGAGAAGAGGAACUAGGGGAUUUGGUGGAGAAAGAAAUGUCAGCUACUGCAGCUGCAGUAGAAACAGCGGUAACCAGGAUUGAGGAAAUGCUCAAUAAGUCAAGAACUGAUGACACUGGGAUAAAGCUACAAGUGAAUGAGAGAAUCCUCGGAUCAUGCACAGACCUCAUGCAGAGCAUAAAGGCUUUAAUUCUGGCCUCUAAAGAUCUACAGGCGGAGAUUGUGGAGAGUGGAAGUGGUGCAGCAUCACCCAAGGAAUUUUAUGCCAGGAACUCACGUUGGACAGAAGGACUACUAUCUGCUUCAAAGGCAGUGGGUUGGGGAGCCACAGUUAUGGUGGACGCCGCAGACCUUGUGGUCAAGGAACAAGGGAAGUUUGAAGAGCUCAUAGUAUGUUCCCAUGAAAUUGCAGCUAGCACAGCUCAACUGGUGGCAGCUUCAAAGGUAAAAGCUGAAAAAGGCAGUUCAAAUCUAGCAAGACUACAACAGGCCUCUAAAGUUGUGAAUCAAAAUGCAGCUGGAGUAGUAGCAUCUACAAAGUCCAUCAAGUCUCAGAUUGAGGAAAAAGACACAAUGGAUUUCUCUAGCAUGACUCUAACACAGAUAAAACGGCAGGAGAUGGAUUCUCAGGUGCGUGUUUUGGAAUUAGAAAACCAGUUGCAAAAGGAGAGAGAGAAGCUUGGAGAUCUAAGGAAAAAACAUUAUGACUUGGCCGGUGUCUCUGAGGGCUGGGGAGAUGCCAAUGAAUAAGCUUAAUCACAGCUUUCCUUACUAUACUGAAUGCACACAUAACGGCAGAACUCAGACUUGGAAAGCACAUGUCUAUGACAUUCAACAGAACCUUCUCUAACACAGCCAGGGCAGGCUGGCACCAAGUGAUCCCAACAGACCACAGAGACGGAGAGAGAUAACUUUACUGGCACACCCAGUGGACAUGAGCAGGAAGCCAAUGUCACAGCUAAACGUAAUACUGUCUGUCAUGCUUGUCGUCUCUCACCUUCAAUGCACUUGGAAGAGGAAAAACAAUUCUUUCUUGACAUAUAGUUUAGUUUAGUGUUUAACACCACAAAGAAGAGGACAAAGCAGCGAGAUGAUAAGGAAUGGAAUAAUACAGCCUCAGCAUCUGAGUAUAAAUGACUUUUCUUUACUUGGCGCCUUAAGAUCACAACAUAAUUAACAGUAUUUAAGAUAUAUGAGAAAAUACGUGAGGAGACUGCACAAAUCAACCUCUAUGGGGGGUUCAAUAGCAAUAUUAAUAUAACAAAAUGCAUUUGUAUUAAAUGAACUUACAGAGGCACAAUAAUUUGCCUAAUAGGUUAUUGGUGAAUGAGGCUCAAACACCAGGGGCAUCUGUUUGUAUUAAAGACAUAUAAAGAGAUUUGGAGGAUUUAUGUGUAAAUAUAGGACACUGUUUUGCUGUGGUUUCUCCCAUUUCAAACUACCUUCUACCCAUACCAUUAUGAUGGUGCUGCACAUAAAAACAUAGAUGCGGAAAUUAACUGAGUGGCUCAGGGUUUGUAACACAACCAAGUAAUUCUGACAUUAUACUGUAUGAGCAGCAAUGUUUCUUCUAUGGCUUCCAGAAGGUGUGGUCAACAAUCUCCAUAUAAAGUGUCAUUAUGAAAUAAUACUUAUAAGUAUGGCUAUUGUUCUAUAAGUAGAAGAACAAUAUAGAAACCUUAUAGCUGGAAAAGAUGCUAAGAUUUUCAGUAUAAUUCCUUAGCAAAUCCACUUUAAAAAUCCUGAUGGUUGUAUAGAGUCCUACCCAGUUAUCAAUGAAAGCAGAUAUCACCAUGUGUUAGUUAGGCAAAGAAAUCUGAGCACACUGUGAACUUGGCAACAGUCACAUCAUGUGGGCAAUAAAACCCAGGGGGAGAUGGUACCACGGGUAUGCGUGGCACAGCUAGAUGUCACUAUUGUAUUCACAUCAAUAAACCCAUAUUUCCAUUUUCUUA